UAAAGAUCGAUGGCUAUAAAAGCAGUAAGAUGAAAGAACCGAUCCACAGUAUAAUCUCGGAGUUAACGAGCACUCCACAAUGGUUAGUGAAACAGCAAGGAGUUUUAGGGCCUUGCUGCUGCUUUUAUUUGUCGGUGCCCUUUCGGCAGCGCCGACUAUAGAAGAUGCGGAGAACACUACUUUAUCGACGGAACUCAAGCCUCCUCCUUACCCGCAAAAGGAAGAGGACCAUUACUAUAUGGUGUUCGUUAUAAAUAUUUUUGGCGUGAAAAAUGUUAGCGGUGAAACGUCCGAUGAAAUUUUGGAAAACGAUAUCGUUCAUCAUAUCCCGCAAUUAACAGAUCCGUUGGCGACUCUGCUUCUAAUCAUCGACGUCGACGAGAACGAUGAAGAUACGGAUGAAGCGGUGGAUCUCGAUGAAGUUGCGGAAGAUCUGAUUAAGGACGAGGAGGAUUUCAAUGUGGAGAAGAUCAAUUAUGGCGGUGAAACGAAAGUAUUGAGGCUGAAACUUUCUAAGGAGGAAGGAGAAAGCAUAUUUCCCUCGAAAUCGAAAUUGGAAAAAUUGAAGAAAAUCCGCAACAAGAGGACACUUUGUGUCAAGUGUGGAGGAUCCGGAGGACUUGGAGGUGGUGGAUAUCCAUCCGGGGGUGGUGGAUAUCCAUCCGGGGGUGGUGGAUAUCCAUCAGGAGGCGGUGGAUAUCCGUCCGGGGGCGGUGGAUAUCCAUCCGGAGGUGGUGGAUAUCCAUCCGGAGGUGGUGGUUGCAGCACAUGUGGCGGAAGUUCAUAUGCUUCGGCAUCGGCAAAUGCAAACGCACAAGCAGGAAGUGGCAAAUGGGGAUACAUAUAAAUACAAAUUUAAUGGAAUAUAAGAACAACGAAAAUAUUCCACACUACAUGCUGCCCAAAAUAUUCGAAAAUUCAAAUUCAACGAAAGUGAUAUUAAUUUGUAUCGAAUUUGUAACAUUCGCCAUUUCGAUUUCGAUCCCUGACUAACAUGUAUCGAGCACCGAAUAAACAAGAAAAAUAAAUAAA